CCAACUUCGAUUAUUAUCACGGUUUAUAGCUUAUUGGCAAUCUGAUAUCGCGCUGUGUUCUGUAGUUUCCCAUCAGCAAUCUUUCUCGUUGAAUUCGGAAAUAGUUAACGUCAGAACGUGCAACAUGUCCCAAGACAACGAACCAGUUUCGCUUGCCGUCGAUCAAGAGGAGCCGGAGGACUCAGUUCAAGGAGACUCACAGUCAGAAAUUGGAAGUAGCGUGGCUUCGUCGAGCACCAGCCUUCGGGAGUCUAUUCUUGAAUAUCGACAGGAGAAUGGCAGAACCUACCAUCGGUACAAAGAUGGAACGUACAUCAUUCCCAACGACGAUAGAGAGCUAGAGAGACUGGAUUUGACCCAUUCAAUGUGGCUUCUUGUCACCGACAACAAUCUCGGUGUUGCUCCACCCUGUCAACCUGGUGCCAAGGUCGGGCGAGUUCUCGAUGUGGGCACCGGCAGCGGUAUCUGGGCUCUUGACUUUGGAGACGAGCACCCAGAAUCCGAGGUCCUUGCCUUUGACUUGUCUCCAACACUACCUGCCUAUGUACCUCCCAACGUUCGAUUCGAAGUCGACGAUGCUGAAGACCCGUGGUUGUACUCGCGACCUUUCCAGUACAUUCAUAGCAGAGUCAUCACUUCAGGCAUCAGCAGUUGGGCAAAUUAUCUGAAAAAGUGCUAUGAUAACCUCGAGCCAGGUGGGUGGGUCGAACUGCAAGAAAUCGACCUUGCCCCAACCUCCGACGAUGGAACGCUGAAACCCGAUUCUGCACUGCUCAGAUGGGCAGCCUUACUUCAGGAGGCUUCAGAGAAAUUUGGACGCCCUUUUGCUAAAGUUCCUCCGCUAAAAGAUGUCAUGGUGGAGGCUGGCUUUGUCGACGUCCAAAUGACGGUGACAAAGUGGCCCAGCAACUCGUGGCCGAAGGAACACAAGUGGAAAGAAAUCGGCAUCUGGAACUGCGAGAACAUGCUCACGGGCCUCGAAGGAUUCUCCAUGGCUGCGUUGACCCGCGGCCACGACUGGUCUCGCAGCGAGGUCGAGGUCUUCCUCAUGGAAGUCCGGAAGGAUAUCAAGGAUAAGAAUAUCCACGCUUACUGGCCCGUAUACUAUAUCACCGGACGUAAGCCUGAGAAGGAAGAUUCUGUGCCUCCGGCUCCCGCUUCACCUGAAGCAGCCGCUCCAGCAGAUGUAGCCGCUCCCGCCGAGGCCGCCGCCUCCCCAUCAGCACCAGCAGCGGCGAACAGUCCACAGCCGGCAGCGGCGACUUGA